CGUAACAUUGAAAUCUCAAAUACCAUAUAUCUCCCUUAUAAGAAAUGAAAAUUAGUUUUGAUCUUACAGGGCCUUAGGGCAGCAGCAUUGAUAGGUGCUUUCCUCACUGCAAUAGGAGCUGCUAUCAAGCUCUUCGCUUAUGGCAGAGAUCUGUUCUACGUCGUUCUCAUUGGCCAGGCUACCGUCGCCAUAUCGCAAGUGUUCAUCCUCAACCUGCCACCCAAAAUAGCUGUAAUUUGGUUCAAGCCCAGCGAAGUGUCAACGGUAUGUUCCAUAGGAGUAUUUGGUAUGGCGUUAGGCAUCGCCUUGGGUUUUCUGUUACCACCAGUGAUCGUGAGAAACCACGAAAAUGUGGAUGAUAUCGGAGCAGAUAUCAAUGUUAUGUGCUGGGGGGCGGCAAUAGCGAUAGCACCUGUGGCUCUCACUGUAUUAUUUUAUUUUCCAGACGAGCCGCCAAAUCCACCCAGUCAAGCUCAGUUGAAGGAAAGAGAAAAUAAAGAAGUGGUUAAUUUCAAAGUAUUUCUUAAGUCGCUGAAGACACUGUUUAAAAACAAUGCUUUCUUAAUACAUGCCUUUUCUUAUGGUCUCAAUCUUGCCAUCUACUCAGCCAUUGGUACCUUGCUCAAUCAGUUUAUUUUGAAUUAUUUCGAGGUAGGUUAUACGAUACGAUAAUUAUUUAUUUAAUAAUCGUUGUAUUACUAAUGUAUCUUCUGUGUACAGUGCUUUUCAUUGUUUUUUGAACGGUACGGGUAUUACGUAUCUUGAAAAGUGACAUUUUGUCAUUUUUUUGUCAUUUCGUAGGUUUUUUUGUAACAUAACGUAGGUACACAGUUUUGAACUCGUUUUGUAGCUGUACGUGUUGCUUAAAUGGCAGCGAACAGCGAUCUUGGCAACCAAACGUAGAAUGAACUAUCUGCAAACUGAAUACUACCUAGCCCGCAAGAUGCCAUUAG